GACGAAGAACAGUUCGACUCUUGUGUGUUUCCGGACAAUGGGAGCUAAGCUGCCUGGUCCGCAUCGCGCCUGCAGUAUGCGUAACCCACUCACCAGAAUGCUGCUUUUCGCAGUCGUCGUCUUGGUCAUCAUGGCCCUCACACUGAGAAACGACGCCAUCGACGUCCGCGGCCGCAUCAUGAAGACGGGGACCGGUGUCAAGUCCUCCAUCACACACCAACAACCCCUGGACGCCGUCAAGUCCCACGCCUCCUCGUCUCUCUCCGACAAGAUCCCCGCCGAGCCCGCUCCCUCAACGACACAUGUCAUGAACUGCGAUGUCAACACCGACCACCUCAGGACGCUCAAGGACAAGUACGGCCUCGCCGACAAGAUCCACUACUUCAAGCGCUACGUCACCUUCACCCGCAAGGCCAUCCAGCGCAAGGGCUACACCGUUCUGGACCAGGACUUCCUCCCCAAGAAGUUCAAGACGGUUGACAUUGGCAAGUCGUACGCCCCCGAGGACUGCGCAGCCCCUCUGGAAGUCCCCGUCACCCAGUCUCCCUACCCCUCCACCGUCAAUGCCUCUGACUUCAUGUUCGCCGUGUCCACCACCUACAAGCGUUUCAACGACCCCAAGACCAGUCCGAUCAAGGAGUGGUCCCACUGGCUAACCGACAGCAACGGCAAGUCCAACGGCGGCAAGCUUCUGCUACUCCUUCUCGACGCCAGCGACGCCGAGCUCAAGGACGCCAGCGACAGGCUCAAGAGAGUCGGCAUCGACGCCGAUGUGGCGCACUCGGACCCCUCCAUGGAGAUGGCCGUUCGCUACUUGACCCUCGUACCCUAUCUCUACAACCAUCCCGAGCGGAAGACGAGAAAGUGGCUCGUCACUUGCGACGACGAUACCUACUUCCCCAGCAUGCACGGUCUCAUUGACAAAUUUGCUACUUUCGACCACCUCGACCCUCUCUACAUCGGAACCCUCUCCGAGGACGUCAACGCCAUUCACCGCCACGGAUCCCAGGCUUUCGGCGGUGCCGGCGUGUUCCUCAGCGUACCUCUCGCAGCUGCCAUCAACCAGUUGUACGAGUCGUGCAAAACGGAGCAAAAGGUCAAGGAGGCCAACUCCGGCUGGGGCCCCCAAGGCGACAUCCUUCUCCGCAAGUGCAUUUACGAGAACACCGAGGUCCGCCUGACCAACUUGUGGGAGCUGUGGCAGCUUGACUUGUUCGGCGACCCAGCCGGCUUCUAUGAGUCUGGCAUCAAGCCCCUGAGCUUGCACCACUACAAGGGAGGCGGCUGGCACUUCGCCAAGCCCUUCCAGUCGUCCAAGGUUGCCCACGCCUGUGGCGAGGACUGCUCAUACCAGCGAUUCAUCACGGCCGACGACUUCAUUAUCGCCAACGGCUUCAGCAUUGCCCACUACCCCCAGGGCAUCGAUUUCAACCUCGACCAGAUGGAGCGCACCUUCACCCCCGCUCCCGAUGAUAUUGGCUGGAACCUGGACUACAUGUUCGGUCCCCAGCGCCGAUCCCUGCACAAGACUGGCCGAAAGAUCGCCUGGGAGCUUCAGGAGGCUCACGUGCAGGAAGACGGAUCUGUGCUUCAGGUCUACACGAGGAGAAAGGACGACGAGCGCUGGGUCGAGGAGGACGGCGAGCCCAUGAGCAAGAUUGAUGGCAUCAUCGAACUUGUCUGGAUUCCCUCGACAUGAAGCGGUCCCUUUCAUCCCCCGAGCACGAAGAUACGACACGGGCAGAGGAUCUUCCGUGAGAUCACUCGCCUCAUGAUUUGACGGGCCAGAGGCAGUAGAUGGAAAGAGCCACUUUGCAGCAUACUUUCCUCUAGAGCAUUCCGCCAAUCCAGGACAUUCUGGCUCGUUUUGGCGAGCUGUUCUUGGACCACUCUGGCACGAGCCAUAUUCGAUUUAGACUGCAGCCUGAAGGCUAUCUGGCAAAAGCUGGCUAGAAGAUGUUUCUAAGGGCCGACAAAAACAUUCUUGCCAUCCCGGACCAUACGACAGACAACACCGCCUGGACAGCAACAUCAUAAUUAUAAUCCGCUGGCCCGCGAUACCCCCUCCUUUUUCAUCAACUAAAGCUAUCGUUCCGUUGGACUUGCAUUCCGAUUAGGGCAUACAGCUCGCAGUGAGCUUUCGGCGUUUGAGAAUGGUACAGGGUAUUCCUUUACCACUGCAAGCAUUCCAGCCAACGCUAUAUCAUCAUUUUGUUACCUUUCUUUUCUACUCUUGUGGCAUUGCAUUGCACAUAGCUGGAUUGCAUGGACGAGACUUGCAAUCGGUACAUAGAGACGUGCGACAGGGCCGGACGUUCGGAGUCUCAAGGAUAAGGACCGUUGGGUGUCCCUUUGUUUGGAAGUCAUCCACCUGGUUUGGUUUUAGGUGCAAAGAAAAGGCCGUCAACUACGCCUUGUAUAGAGUUUACCAGUAGAACGAUUGUGUAUACCACCAGGAUAAAAAAAUCUUGAAGACAUUC